AUGCAGCGUGGAAGAGGGCAACCAAAUCGCCGAUCACGUGGCGGAAGAGGAAGUGGACGAGGGAGCCACGCAGAUACCGAUUCAGCCCGCCCACCAAGACCAAGGCCGGCUUACACAUCUGUGCCUCUUAUCCGAGCUAUCCAUCCGGGAGGCGGAGUCUCUAUCAUCCUCAAAGAGGACCAGCAGUCCGGACAUCAAGUCAAAGGUAUCGUCGCAGACUUGCUGACGCGCGGCGAUCAUCCACGUGGUGUCAAAGUCAGGCUUCGCGACGGAAGAGUUGGCAGAGUGCAAGGCCUUGUGUCUGAAGCCGAGGGACUAGAGGGUGAAGGCAUUGUUGGCGGGCCUGGGGCAACUUUAGGGAGGAACGGUGAAGGUGCAACAAAUGCAGGGGGACGAGGAAGGAGAGGAGGAAGAAUGGAAAGAGAUAUUAGAGAAGAUGACGAGUACCUCUACGACAAUCGGGCCUCGAAUCAAGAUUACGGAUUGUUUGCUGCACUGGAGGAGGCAGACAAACAGCAUGAACGGAGUAGAGCUGGUCUUCCUUUGGGACAGCUGGCCUUAGAAAAACUCGCGGUAUGUCCAGUAUGCUAUAAGUUCGAGGGCGACGAGGAUUCGGUGGCACAUCACGUCGAGCAACAUUUCGCGGAAUGA